GUCCCGGGGCAGAGGAGCGGCGGCGGCCGGAGGCCCCAGAGCGCUCAGCGCCCAGCCGGAGACGGCCCGGAGCUGCGGAGCUCGCGGCCGCCAUGGCCUUCUCGCAGGUGCAGUGCCUGGACGACAGCCACGUCAACUGGCGCUCCAGCGAAGCCAAGCCCGAGUUCUUCUACAGCGAGGAGCAGCGGCUGGCGCUCGAGGCGCUGGCGGCCCGCGGCCGCGACGCCUUCUACGAGGUGCUGAAGCGCGAGAACAUCCGCGACUUCCUCUCAGAGCUGGAGCUGCGGCGCAUCUUGGAGACCAUCGAGGUGUACGACCCCGGCUCUGAGGACCCCCGCGCCGGCGCGCAGCCCCGCGGGCCGGACGAUGGUGAGGCGGCCAGCGCGGGCGGGGCCACCCCCACCGAGGCCGAACCGCUGCCCUCGCUGGAGUAUUGGCCCCAGAAGUCGGACCGCUCCAUCCCACAGCUAGACCUGGGCUGGCCUGACACCAUCGCCUACCGCGGCGUGACCCGGGCCAGCGUCUACAUGCAGCCCCCCAUCGACGGGCAGGCCCACAUCAAGGAGGUGGUACGCAAGAUGAUCAGCCAGGCCCAGAAGGUGAUUGCUGUGGUCAUGGACAUGUUCACCGACGUGGACAUCUUCAAGGACCUGCUGGACGCUGGCUUCAAGAGGAAGGUGGCCGUGUAUAUCAUUGUGGACGAGAGCAACGUCAAGUACUUCCUGCAUAUGUGUGAGCGGGCCCGCAUGCACCUGGGACACCUCAAGAAUCUCAGGGUGCGGAGCAGUGGAGGAACCGAGUUCUUCACGCGGUCGGCCACCAAGUUCAAGGGCGCCUUGGCCCAGAAGUUCAUGUUCGUGGACGGCGACCGGGCCAUCUGUGGCUCCUACAGCUUCACGUGGUCGGCCGCCAGGACGGAUCGGAACGUGAUCUCCGUGCUGUCGGGCCAGGUGGUGGAGAUGUUCGACCGGCAGUUCCAGGAGCUGUACCUCAUGUCACACAGCGUCAGCCUCAAGGACAUCCCCAUGGAGAAGGAGCCUGAGCCUGAACCCAUUGUGCUGCCCCCCUCGGUCCCGCUGGUGCCCUCGGGCACCGUGGCCAAGAAGCUCGUCAACCCCAAGUACGCAUUGGUCAAGGCCAAGAGCGCCGACGAGAUCGCCAAGUCAUCGUCCGAGAAGCAGGACACUACGAAGCCUGCGGGGGUGCAGGGCGCGGCCCUUGCUGAGCGCCCGGGAGACCUCCCCGAGCCUCCCCUGCCCGUGCACCCAGGGCUGCUCAACCUGGAGCGGGCCAACAUGUUCGACUACCUGCCCACGUGGGUGGAGCCCGACCCCGAGCCUGGCAGCGACAUCCUGGGAUACAUCAACAUUAUCGACCCCAACAUCUGGAACCCCCAGCCCAGUCAGAUGAACCGUAUCAAGAUCCGAGACACGUCCCAGGCGGGGACUCAGCUGUGGAGGCAGAGCCAGGACCCCGGCCCCACCCUCCAGUCCAGCGCCUCACCAGACAGCAUCCCUGCCGAGAACAGCCUCCCCCAGGGGGACGCCCAGCCACGGCCGCCUGUGCCCAAGCCCCGGACGGUCCCAGUGGCAGAUGUGCUCGCUCAGGAGGGUGGUGAUGCUGGCUGGGCCCUGGAGACUCCAGAGCAGGAAUCACCCCACAACGGGACAGACCACGGGCUGCCCAGGACGGCGGGCCCAGGCCAUGCCGCGCUUCAGCGGCAACUACCUGUGACCCCGGAUGACCCCGACGGUGGGGGGCAGGUGGUCCCCAACGGGCUGGACGGGGAGGAGGAGGAAGACGACGAUGACUACGUGACCCUGAGUGACCAGGACAGCCUCUCGGGCAGCUCUGACCACGGCCCUGGCCCCCGGCGGGCCUCACUGGCCUCCUCCUCCGUGUCAGACGAGUAUUUCGAGGUGACGGAUCGCUCGGCCUGUCUCCGGAGGCGCCACUCGGAGCAGGUAGCCAACGGGCCGGCCCAGCCCCCCCGCCGACAGCUGAGCGCCCCCCACAUGACCCGUGGGACCUUCAGCGGAGCCCUGAGUGGCUCCUCAUGGGCCCAGGGUCAGGAGAGAGAAGAGGCGGGCACCCAGAGGAGAAUGCAGGCUGCACGCCCUGUGGACCAGGAGACACAGGGCCAGCGGUUUCACCACUAUGGAAGCCCUGCCUCCGGCAUCAGGGAGAAAGAUGGCUUCCCACGACCAUUGAGGACCCUGGGACCCCCACGGUUCCGCCCCACUGCCGACGGCGCUGAGAGCUCCAGCAGGAAAGCAGGCCCGGCUAUGGCAAGCCCCCAGCACUGGCAGGCCAAGAGCGGCCCAGGGCCCCGUCUGCUGCCAGGUCCUGCGAGCCCAAGGCAGGCCCGAAAUGCCAGUGCCCUGGCCAACAGCAGGGCCACCGAGGAACACCCCAGCCCCUUCGGAAUCCCGUACUCCAAACUGUCCCAGUCGAAGCACCUGAAGGCCAGGACGGGUGGCAGCCAGUGGGCCCCAUCUGACUCUAAACGGCGGGCCCACGCCCCCCGGGACCGCAAGGACCCCUAGCACCCCGUGCCCGGGCCACACCGUCCAUGGCCUCUGCCCAGCCUGGGCUCGCUGUGCAGUGGUUCCUGGGCCACCCGCACCUCCACAGGCACCCUGGAAGGCAGGAAUGGGGGAGGGUGGCACCGUGAACCCUCACCUGGUCCGUGCACCAGUACCAGGCGGCCAUGAUGGUCAGGCCGAAGGUCAUCCCAGUCCACGGGAGGUCCCCGGUGUAGGGAUCUCGGAACAUGUGCAUGGCAUCUGCCCGGGGCACAUGGCAGGUGGUAUUGGAGAUGGUCCUGGAUGGGAUGGCCCUGGCGUAGGCCUCUGCCAGCUGCUCGUACCCGCCAAUCUGCUCGAAAGCUGCAGGGGCGGGUGGGAUGGUGAUGGUCAGCGGCCUGUGGCCGUGACUCCCGGCCCCACUGCCCUCAUCUCACGAGUAACUCCUUGGUACAGGAGACUCAAACUUUUUUGCAUUCACCUUUCCCAGUGUCUGGAAAGGUGUGGAGAUAGAGGGUUUUUAAAAAAAGUGAAUUCAAAAGACUAUUUUAUUUGUAUUUAAAAUAAUAAUAUUAAAGGAACAUUUUGCACGUGGGCACCCCAUGUCCUGCAGCCUCUAGAUGCUCAUCAGCCAGGAGGGG